AUGACGUCAAUUCGCAUUGUGUUGGCCUUAGCAGCAAGUUCUCUAUGGAAAUUGUGGCAAUUGGAUGUCAAGAAUGUAUUUCUCUAUGGAGAACUUGAUCGUCCAAUAUAUAUUGAACAACCACCUGGAUUCGAGAAGACUGAUGCUUCAGAAUCCGACUCAAGUCUAUUUAUAAAGAAGAAACAUGGACAGAUGGUGGUUGUGCUUCUUUAUGUGGAUGAUAUAAUCUUGACGGGCAGUAACUAUGAUGAGGUUAUUCGUCUACAAUAUGAGCUCUCGCUUUGUUUUGAGAUGAAGAAGCUUGGUGAACUUGGAAUUUUCCUUGGUAUGCAAAUCAAAAAUUUCGAUAAAGGGUUGUUUGUAUCGCAGAUCAACUAUACAAAGAAGUUAGUAGAAAAUUUUGGUAUGACUAAUGGAAAAAAGAGUUAUACUUCUCUCGACGUAAAUCCUAGACUUAGUCGAGACGAAGGAACGUGUCUACCAGAUCCUCUUCCUUAUCAUGCUCUUGUGGGAAGUUUGACUAUAACAAGGCCUGACAUUGCUUAUGCAGUUGGAGUGGUGAGUCGAUACAUGAAUGAGCCAAGGAAACCACACCUCGAAGAAGCGAAGAAAAUUGUAAAGUAUAUUAAUACCUCACUAGAUAUUGGUCUACUAUAUGAGAAAGAUGCGAAAUUUGUCUUGCAAGGAUAUGCAGAUGCUGACUUUGCUGGAGAUCGAGACGAUCGAAAGUCCACAUCUGGGUUUGUUUUUUUUUGUGGAAACACUAGCAUAUCUUGGAGUAGUAGGAAACAAGGAUCGGUAUCCUUGUCUACAACAGAAGCGGAAUACAAAGCAUCAACUCACGCAGCACAGGAGUGCAUAUGGCUUCGUAGACUCUGA